AUGCAAGUCCAAAAAGCCCUCGUUAUCGUUGUCUUCUUGGCCACCCACGCACUUGCCCAAAACUUUAAUAUCGCGUACUGCUACAAAACCGAUGAUAGUAUUGAUUAUGGAAGGACCCAAACGGUAUGCAACACUAAGGCGAAAAAUGGCGAAUGUGGUGAUUGCGUUUACAAGAACAACCAAUGCCAAAGCGACGGCAAGAAAAUCGACUCUGGACAAUGGACCGAUGGGUGCAAAAAGACGGGUGCUGCUUACGGGGACGGCCAGUAG